AUGGCCGACGCCGAGCAUGAACGCGCUGAAGAGCUAGAGACCAUCACCGCAAUCUACCCCGAGCUGAUUGUCGACCCUUCGAACCCAUUCGCCGCCACUCUACAGCUCCCUGUAGCACCUACGCCUCCACUAAAUGUACGAUUCGUCCCAGCCAAGGUGCCACCAGAGGAGAGCUACGCAAAUGCUGCCACAGAGGGCGGCGCCUACAUCGAGCGCGAUGUAGAGCUCUCGCAUUUGCCUCCGCUCACUCUGCGGCUGGCACUUCCCGAGCGUUAUCCAGCAGACGCUCCACCAAAGGUCAUGCUCUCGACCACCUCAGACUGGUUGGUUCAAGAGAAAGUCGCGGAACUGGAAAUAGAGGUAGCAAAGCUUUGGGAAGAGUACGGGCACUGUCAGAUCUUGUUCUCCUACAUCGACUUUCUGCAGCAGGCCGCCGAGCGAGGCUUUGAUCUGAACCAGAGCGCGGACGGCUGUCUUGUGCUCCCUGCAGACCGGGAACAGCAACUGGUUGAAUUCGAUACGAGAACGAAGCAGGAGACGUUCGACGCUGGCACAUACGAUUGCGGAGUGUGCUUGGAACCAAAGAAAGGCUCAGCCUGCUACCACAUGAAGCGCUGCGGUCAUGUCUUUUGCCGACAGUGCCUGCAGGACUUUUACAACAAUGCCAUCACGGAAGGCGAUGUGGCUGGUGUGAAGUGUUUAGAUCCCGACUGCGGGUCGAAGGACGCAACUGGGCGCAAGAGGAAGGUCAUGAAAGAAAGGACAAUACAUCCGCGAGAGCUUUUGGCUAUGGGCGUUGAAGAGAGCAUGGUACGGCGAUACGUCGAGAUGAAGAGGAAGAAGAAGCUGGAGGCGGACAAGACCACAGUGUACUGUCCACGGACCUGGUGUCAAGGGCCUGCAAAGAGCACCAAGUAUCCUCCCAUCCCAGCUGACCUCACCGCCUACAUCGACAAUGAGAUCUCCGACGAGGAGAGCGAAAGCGGUGAUAUGCCUGAAACCCCCAAGACGAACGCCAAGAAUGUUCCACCAGACCCGUCCGAUCGACUGGCCGUGUGCGAAAAGUGCUCGUUGGCAUUCUGUAAGGUCUGCUACAUGGGAUGGCAUGGUCCGUUUGCUCGCUGUUACCCGCGUGAUCCUAACGAGCUCAGUGCGGAGGAGAAGGCGAGCUACGAAUACAUCCGCAAGAACACAUCGCCUUGUCCGUACUGUAACGCACCGGUACAAAAGACUAUGGGUUGCAACCACAUGAGCUGCUUCCAGUGCCGCACUCACUUCUGUUACUUGUGUGGCUCCUGGCUCGAUGGCAACAACCCAUAUCAACAUUUCAACAAGGCAGGUACGGGCUGCUACCAACGGUUGUGGGAGCUUGAGGAAGGCGACGAAGGUCAAGCACCAGAGGACGGGAGAGGCUUCGCAGGUGGUAGAGGCUGGGAGCAGAUGGCAAUUGAUGCGGCUAGAGAGGCAGAUGAAGCAGAUGCCCAGGCUGCUGUAGUACAAGCACAAGCUGAGGAGGACCAACGGGCAGCGAUGCCAGCAGCACCUGAUCCUCCAGCUAACCAAGUUCCGCUAAUCGUCGCCAUGGCGCAUAUGCAAUUCGAGGAGGGAGCCGCCGGCAACGAACAGAUUCCCGCCGCAGCGCCACAACGAGGCCUACGAAGGCCACGAAACCCCUUCCCAGCCAACCCUCGAGCCAACGGCGCCGCCCAAGCCGUGCGCAACCAUGAGCGCGGAGCCAGGAGACGUCCGCCCGCUGCCAACGGCGCAGCUGGCAGGGGUGCGGGUGCUGGUGGAAGGCAGGAUGAGGAGCAGCGACAGCAAGCUGAACUGCAGCGCUUCUUGGCUUUGGCGCAACACGAUGAGGAGGACGGUUGGGAUUUUGACGACUUGGGGGGAAGAUGA